AUUGUGACGUCAGAUGAAUGAAGCCUUAGCCAAGAUGGCGGCUGCUGGAGGAGAGCCCUCUACCCAGAGUGGUCCGGAUGAUUUGUUCAAUCAUUUCUACACAGAGGUAAAGCAGAUAGAGAAAAGAGACUCUGUGCUAACCUCGAAGCAGCAAAUAGACAGGCUGCUCAGACCUGGGUCAUCCUACUUCAAUUUAAACCCGUUUGAGGUGUUACAAAUUGAUCCAGAGGCGACAGAUGAGGAGUUGAAGAAGAGGUUCAGAGCGUUGUCCAUCUUGGUCCAUCCAGACAAGAACCAGGAUGAUCCAGACAGAGCACAACUAGCCUUUGAAGCUGUGGACAAGGCAUACAAAAACUUGCUGGACCCAGAACAGAAGAAGAGGGCAGUUGAUGUGAUCCAAGCAGGAAGGGAAUAUGUAGAGCAUAAUAUGAAAGAGAAGAAGAAACAGCUGAAGAAGGAUGGGAAGCCUCAAUUCUUGGAGGAGGAUGACCCAGAAAUGUUCAGACAGGCGGUGUACAAGCAGACUAUGAAGCUGUUUGCAGAGCUUGAAAUCAAGAGGAAGGAGCGGGAAGCCAAGGACAUGCAUGAAAGGAAAAGGGCAAGAGAGGAAGAGAUUGAGACGGCAGAGAAAGCUAAGCGAGAGAGGGAAUGGCAGAAAAACUUUGAGGAAACAAGGGAUGGGCGAGUGGACAGUUGGAGGAGUUUCCAGGCAGGCAAAAGCAAGGCUAAAAAAGAGAAGAAACCCCGGUCCUUCCUGAAGCCUCCUAAAGUCAAGAUGGAGCAGAGAGAGUGACGUCUGAGAUGUGAGGGUUAAGGAUACUACCGAAAGGCUACAUCCCGAUUAUUCACCCUUUUCCAGAAGUGCGUACUUGCAUACUCCACAUGAUGUUUAAAAGCAUAUGAGUGGUGUGUAAGCAUCGGCUGGAGGGAGUUUCCACCAUUGUAAAAAUUCCACCAUAGCAAGUGUACACUUCGGGAGAAGGAUGGAGAAUCGAGAUUCAGCCCAACAUUCUUACUUACACUUGACAGUGCAUCCACCCUCCUGAGAAAUGUAGUUUUGUGCUCGUUUUUUUUAUGUACAUAAUUGUGAUCUGCAACCUCCAUGGGACCAUCACACUUACUGGCCUCAAUCAAAGUAGAAAAGAUGACAGGAAAUCUUCAAUUUCUGUAACCACCUUAGUUUGACUGGACUUUUUGUGCUGUAUUUUUUUUWGAUUUUUUUUWACCUUUAAAUAAAAGCUUGUUUGUAACAAGCCAA